GCCCGCGCUUAGUUUUCGUGCUCACCGUGCCGAGUCCCGGCCCAGUCAGACGCCGCGCCAUGGCUUCCCCGGCGGCCGGCGAUGUGCUGAUAGUUGGAAGUGGGCUCGUGGGACGAAGCUGGGCCAUGCUGUUUGCCAGUGGAGGCUUCAGGGUGAAGCUGUACGACAUUGAGCCACGGCAGAUAACCGGCGCCCUGGAAAACAUCAGGAAGGAGAUGAAGUCUCUGCAGCAGUCCGGGUCUCUGAAGGGCUCCCUGAGCGCUGAAGAACAGCUGUCACUCAUCAGCAGCUGCACCAACCUCGCGGAGGCAGUAGAGGGCGUUGUGCACAUUCAGGAAUGUGUUCCAGAAAACCUCGACCUGAAGAGGAAGAUUUUCGCUCAGUUAGACAGCAUCGUCGACGACCGCGUGGUGCUGAGCAGUUCCAGCUCCUGCCUCCUGCCCUCCAAGCUGUUUACUGGCCUGGCGCACGUGAAGCAGUGCAUCGUGGCCCACCCGGUCAACCCACCAUACUACAUCCCGCUGGUCGAGCUGGUCCCACACCCAGAGACGUCCCCUGCCACAGUGGACAGAACACACGCCCUGAUGAGGAAGAUCGGACAGUCCCCCGUGCGGGUGCUGAAGGAGAUUGAUGGCUUCGUGCUCAACCGCCUGCAGUACGCCAUCAUCAGCGAGGCCUGGCGGCUGGUGGAGGAAGGAAUCGUGUCCCCCAGCGACCUGGACCUUGUCAUGUCGGAUGGCCUGGGCAUGCGGUACGCGUUCAUCGGACCCCUGGAGACCAUGCACCUCAAUGCCGAAGGUAUGUUAAGCUACUGCGACAGAUACAGUGAAGGCAUGAAACGGGUCCUGAAGUCUUUCGGGUCCAUUCCUGAGUUUUCCGGCGCCACGGUGGAGAAGGUUAACCAGGCCAUGUGCAAGAAGGUGCCCGCAGACCCGGAGCACUUGGCUGCCAGGAGGGAGUGGAGGGACGAGUGCCUCAAGAGACUGGCCAAGCUGAAAAGGCAGAUGCAGCCCCAGUAAACUUCUUGGGGUGCUCUUACCACUCCUGCCAGUGGAAGCCCUACUGGGAAAAUGACCAGCACUUAAUCUGACGUCUCCACAACCAUGGAAGCCUGAGGGUGCCUGCGUGAAGGCUCAUAAUGGAGGGUGGUGGCUGGGUAUCACAGUAGCACUUGGGUUUUGAGUCUGGAUUUUCCGCCACAUGGGCGAAUGGUUUGAAGAUUUUCUGGUGUGAUUACAUAUGACUGCAUCUCACAGCCCAUGGUACGGCAUAGAGUUUCAUUUUAUUUUGAUCUGCAGCAGGAUAUUUUUGCGGUUAUUCUCCUAUCUCUGAGUGCUCUGUGGCCCCACCACAUUUAUUAGUCUUCCACCUUCAUCUCACUAAUGCCUAUUCUGAAUAAAAGUUUUUGAUGCUUU